AUGAGCCAAACCAACAUCCCAGGCAAAACACGCCCACACCUCGAAUCCCUCCCACGCGAAAUCCUCCAAUCAAUCUUCCUCCACAGCCUGGAAGUAAACCUUCCACGCGCCUCCGCGCAUCUCAGCCGCGCCCUCUCCAACCAGCUCCUCUACACCUGGUUAAUCAGGCUAGCAUUCAGCAGCACGAAUCCAGGGUCUCGAGAAGACUUCUUCACUUCGGAUUUUCUGCCUCCGCCUCUGGACUUUUGGUCUCUCUCUUGGGAAGAUCGACAACAGCUCCAAACGGCACUUUUAACAUGUCGCUGGUGUACGCUGCCUCUUAUCCGAAAAUGUCAACGCGAAUAUGUCCAUCAUGCUAUUCGGCGUAAAUGCGGGGAUCUUGCGUUCGCACCUGAAGAUCGGGAAUUGCUACAUCGACUGGAUAGUCGCUUUGAGAAUCUCGCUGAAUGCGACAAUGCAGCUGAAGGUCGGAGGGGGAAAGGUGAUCUCGUGAUUCCCGCACAACUUCAGCAAAAGAGACACUCAACCAACGACCCAAACCAAAAUCAAACCGACAGAACACCCUCAGAACCAACACAACCUCCAGAAGAAACAACCCAUCCAGACCACAAACUCUCAAUCUGGCUCCAAAUCGGUGCAAUCCAAAUCCGCCCCCAAAACGAAAUCUACCUCGAAAACAACCUCUACCGGUUACCCAGCUCCCAAAUCCUAAAACCCGGCCGCAUCCCAAACAAACUCCUCCGCCGACCCUGGAGCGACGCGCAGUUCGAAUUUCUCACCCUCCUCGCGCAAGACUUCUACCUCGACGAAGACGAGCAUGAGGCGGAGCGAUCGGCUCUCAUUACGACGCGGCUUAUUCGGAAACGAAGGAUUGAGCCCUUUAAAAGAUUGCUGCGGAUGUAUUUUCGUAGUGCUAAUUGUCGUGUGCCGGCGCGAUGGCCUUUACUUCCGGAGCAUUUCGAGGCUAUUAUGAGGUUUGGGGUAGGGAAUGGUGAUCCGUUCGCUGGGGUUGUGCUUGAGGAGAGGUGGGGGGAUAUUCCGGUUGAGGUUAAGGAGGAUUUGGUUAGGUAUUUUGGGAGGUAUGAGGAAUUCCUAUGA